UAUCAUAUUUUCUAUGCGAUAUAUAGACACGCCUCGGAGAUCCUCACCACCGUCCUCUUCUCCUCCUUCUCCUCCUCUUCGUCCUUUCAGCAGGGUGACAGGAAGACGCCAACAUGUCUGACAAAAAGAUGUCAUCCAGCCGCAGGCAUCACCUCAAGAGUUUGAUCCUGCACAUCGCCUUCGCCUGGAUCGAGCAGGAGAAGAAAGACCUGGUGGUGACCAAGCAGGCCUACCUGGCCGAGCACUGUGUCAAACCCAGCAUGAGCGGAGACCAGGCCACCCUCAUGGACACGUGCAAGAAGCUCAACGCCCUCAUCGAUAAGGUGGACGAGGAGCGCUACGACAUGGAGGCCAAGGUCAGCAAAGCUGACAAAGAGAUUGAAGACCUGAAGAUCAAAGUCAUCGACCUGGCGGGAGUCAAGAAGCCCGCUCUGAAGAAGGUGCGCAUGUCUGCCGACGCCAUGUUGAAAGCUCUGCUGGGCUCCAAACACACCGUCAACAUGGAACUCAGGGCCAACCUCAAGCAGGUCAAGAAGGAGGUCAAAGAGGAGCCAGCAGAGGCGGUGGGCGACUGGCGGAAGAACAUCGAAGACAAAGCGGACAGGAAGAAGAUGUUUGAGACUUCCUAAAAGAAUUUGCUCAUCACACUUUUCAUUUUUUGUGGAAUCUUUCAUUAAAUCUUGUCUCACUUUCACUUUA